CGCUGACUCUCUCCACCCGACACACAGCUGUGUCAACCUUUUCAUUCUUCCCGAUCUUCUCCUUGAUCAUCCCAAUCUCCCAUUCUCGACGUGCUUCUACCGCGCUGUAGCUGGGGAACAGCUCCCCCGUGUACGCACUCAUCGCCGCCGCGCCAACCGGCCGGACCUGCACCAGCCACCGAUUCGAGGCCGCUCAACGUCGUCGUGAAAGCUGCCAUUGUAUAUAUUCAGUUUCACUUCCUGCCUGUUUCGGAACCUCGCAUUCACAUACCCGACCGAUAAAUACCACGCUAAAGUUUCUCGCGAAGCAAGGGCGGGUCGCUGCAAACGAAGACAGCAACAACAAUGACCGGAUUCGGACGCUCUAACUCGCUGAGCAUCAACACCAGCGGCUCCCUCUUCGGAAAUAAUGCUGGCCAGGGACAACAGAGCGCAGGGCUGUUCGGCGCCUCAUCCUCGCAGCCACAGACAGCCGGGGGGCUCUUCGGGUCAUCGUCGCAGCCUCAGACAGGAGGAUUGUUCCCGCCGCCAGGUGGAGCCUCACAGCCACCCCAAUCUGGAUCGCUGUUCGGGCAGCAGCAGCAGCAGCAGCAACAGCAACAGCAGGCAGCGCAACCUGCUUCUGGCAGCUUAUUUGGUAAUCUGAAUAAACCCGCUGCUGCGGGUACUGGCAGCUCGCUGUUCGGCUCGUCUAUCGCAGGAUCGCUCCCCCAGCAGUCUGGCGGUCUAUUUGGGACCGCUUUGGGUGCAAACGCGCAGACGCAGACGCAGACGCAGAACCAGAAUCCAGGCGCUUCCCAACCCGGUGGAUUAUUCAGUGGGGGUCUCGGGCAGCCACAGAAGCCCUCGCUCUUCGGAGCGUCAACCCAACAACAACAACAACAGCAAACGAAUACCCCCUCGUUGUUCGGAAACACAAACACCGCGCAAAACACAUCUACCCCCUCGCUGUUUGGCUCAACCCAGCAGACUCAACCACAGCAGCAACAGCAGCAGAAUACGCUGUUCGGCGGCAUGUCGCAGAGCAAACCCUCGUUCCAACUAGGCGGGCACACCAUUACUGGUGGUCCCGCCCUAGCUUCUUCGCAACAAGCAGUCAACAUUUCUGGCUGGGAAGCCGUGAAGGGAACGACGCGCUUCAGCGACCUGCAUCCCAACCUCCAACGCGAGAUCGAGGCAGUCGACCAAGAGCUCACCAAGCACAUCCGCUCAUGCGAGCAAGUCCGAGAAACCCUCCCUUCCCAUGGCGACCGUAUUGCUACAGUCGCACCAGACGUCGCCUACAUCUCGCAAUUCCUAUCUACCGUUGAACUGGGUCUCGACAACGACUCUGCCAACAUCGGCUACCUCAAAGACCUCGUUAGGAAAGCCGCCGAGGACGCAACGCAAGCCUUCCGUGUCAUCAAUAACAUGAAGCUCCCUGCCCAAUUCCACUAUUCCCAGCGCAGCACCAUGCAAACCUCCUCCUCCACCCCUCCCCAUCCUUCCCUCGACAGUGCAGAUGACCCGUCAAAACCCGUAGAUCUGAUUUCUUACUUCUCAAAACACACAGACGACCUCGGCCACACGUUGGACCUGUAUCAACGCCAGAUCCGUGAGAUCGAAGCGCAUCUACGGACUAUGGAGAUGGGCGCUAAAGAGCGAAUGCAGCAGCUAAAUGGGAGUAGAAAUGGGGUUAGGGAUCAGAGGAGGGAGUUGGUAGAUGCGUUGAAGGCGAUUGAGAGCGCAAUUUUGGAAGCGGCGAAGAAGGUCGGGCAAACGAGGGAUGCGGUUACGAGGGAGACGCUAGGGAGCGUGGGAGCGGCGUUGUUGUGAGUUUCUGUUCACGGGUGUUAGGGACUAGGGAGGCAUGAGCUCGAUGGUUAUUGGAGAGCUUUUGAAGCAUAUUCGGUCAUGCAUACACGAAAAAUUUGUUUCACCACCUAAGGCAUGAUAUGUCUCGUGCAUCAUUCAUGCACUUUCGUCUGGCAUGGAGGACUGGUGGGCUCCUUCUGAAAGCAAAGCAGCGAGCGUUCUUGGAAUAUAUGAAAAGU